CACAAAAAAACUGGACAGGUUUGUAGUAAACAACAUGGCACCUCUGUUAAAGAGAUUAUCUUGCAAAGAUUUGCAUUCCUACUUGCGUACGCUCCCCCCUACAGUACUUGAUCGUUUAUACUGUCACCCUGCAACAUGCUUAGCAGUAUUCAGGGAUAUUCCUGAACUUUCUCGUCACUAUGUGAUGCGAAUUCUUUUUGUUGAACAAGCUGUGGCUCAAGCAGUUGUACAACAGUGGAGUACUGCCCCAGCUGAAGAACAGUUUGAAGCUGCAGCUGCAUUGAUGGAACUGCGUGUUUGGUAUGAGCAGCCCUUGCCAGGUGACAUGCCAGGAUGGAUACUUAAUCAUGUAUUUAGAGCCAAUCUUCUUACAGCAUUAUUAGGAGGUGGUGGCUCUUGGAUUGGCAACAAAGAUCUGACUAUUGAUAAAUAUGCCAAGGACAUCCCCUUUUUAGAUAAGUAUGCCUUGGAAAGAUGGGAGUGUGUCUUGCAUUUUAUGGUUGGUUCCAAUGAAGGAUCAGAUGGGGUAAAUAAAGAUAUAACAGAUGUUUUGUUACAUAGUGGGUUGAUGCGAGUGGAUGAAGGUGAACCUUCAAUCACUGCUGAGGGCUUUCAGUUUUUGUUGAUGGAUACAUCUUCACAAGUUUGGUUCUUUUUGUUGCAGUAUCUGGACACUGUGCAGUCCCGUGGUAUGGAUCUUGUCGAGUGCUUGUCAUUUCUAUUCCAGCUUAGUUUUUCAACUCUUGGCAAGGACUACAGUGCUGAAGGGAUGAGUGAAAAUCAGCUGCGGUUCCUUCAGCAUCUCAGAGAGUUUGGUCUGGUUUACCAGAGAAAACGCAAGUCACAUCGAUAUUACCCUACUAGACUUGCUGUCAAUAUUGUGUCUGGUUUGUCCAAGACCAACAUAGACACCCACCGCCCAGGUUUUAUAGUUGUGGAAACUAAUUACAGAGUUUAUGCAUACACAGAUUCUCCCCUGCAGGUGGCGCUGCUGGCAUUGUUUUGUGAAAUGUUGUACCGGUUUCCAAAUAUGGUUGCUGCCAAUUUGUCUAGAUCUAGUGUUAGGGAAGCUCUCUCCAGAGGAAUCACUGCAGAACAGAUUCUUCAUUUUCUGCAAAGUCAUGCACAUCCAGAAAUGUUGAAAAAGACCCCUGUGAUUCCGCCAACCAUUACUGAUCAAAUUAAACUUUGGGAGCUAGAGAGGGACAGGUUCAAAUUCAAUGAUGGUGUAAUGUACAACCAGUUCCUUUCACAAGCAGAUUUUGAGCUUCUGAGAAAUUAUGCAAAGGAAAUUGGAGUCAUGGUGUGGGAGAUGCCUGAGAAAAGAGUUCUAAUUGUAACAAAAUCAGGCCAUGAUGAUGUAAAAAAGUUCUGGAAGAGACAGAAGUCCUCAUCUUGAUGAUAGGUGUUGUUAGUUUCCUGUAAAUGUUUGUAAAUAUUCAGUGCUACUGAAUUUUGAUCACUACAGACUGUUCAUGUAUAUAAUUGGUUGGAAUUUGUAUUUAAAACUGCCAUAAAACUUUCAUAUUUUUUAA